UUCGGAUUUAGCAAAAAGACCUGCGAUUGUUUGGCCUGAAAGUUCUCUUCAUCGUCUGCUUUGAAUGACAGGAAACAAAGUCAUAAACUCCUCGGUACGGUUCGCGCACUGCCUUUCACAAUCGGUCCGACAUCGACAUUACUUCCGCAACAUGCUGUGCCCAGAUCUGCAUCCACCAACAACCGUCCGAGGAAUGGUUCGAUUGGAUAGGGAAGCCUUUGCCAAAAGUAUCAACGUACCGCAUCUGUUUGUACCGAAAACGACCAACUUAAAUAACGUGUGCCGAGCAGUGAAAAAGUUUUUGCUGAAAAUGGAACGCUACAAACCGGUCGUUACGGAUGAGUACAAAAUAACACUCCAUCCUCUAGCGGUGAAACAGUGGGAGGAUCUUGCCGAAGUGCCACUCGACCAAUUCGGCAUCGAUAAGGAAUGUCUCGUGUGGCAGGAAAUUCAUUUGAAGUAUGAAAACUGGAAAUAUGACGAAAUUAUCAAAGCAGUUCUCCCAGAGGACAAAGAAGCACUCUCUUCGUUCAGCAAAAUUGGCCACAUUGUGCAUCUUAAUUUGAAAGACCAUCUUCUUCCCUACCGAGAGCUAGUCGGUGAGGUGAUUAAAGACAAAAUUGCCGACUGUCGGACGGUCGUCAACAAAUCCGUCUCCAUCGAUAGCACGUACCGUAAUUUCCAGAUGGAACUGCUUUGCGGUGUUCCGGACUAUCAAGUAACUGUCAAGGAAAAUGGGAGUAUAUUUGAGUUCGAUUUCUCCAAAGUAUACUGGAACCCGCGGUUGUCGACGGAGCAUGAGAAAAUAGUGAAAAUGCUCAACAAGCACGACGUGCUGUACGAUUUGUACGCCGGUGUUGGCCCAUUUACUGUGCCGGCUGCGCGAAAGGGUUGCACAGUAAUGGCGAACGACCUCAAUCCCGACUCAUACACGGCCCUGGUUGGUAACUGUGCUCGGAACAAGGUGACAAAGAACGUACAGUGCUUCAACAAAGAUGCGGUCGAUUUCAUCAAACAAGAAUUGCGCCAGGACCUGCUGAUAAGGUGUGCAGACGAGCGGUUCAAAGGAGAACUGCACAUCACGAUGAACCUCCCAGCAAUGGCAGUCGAGCAUUUAGAGCAUUUUCCAGGCCUAUUUAAAGGACAAACCUUUGCAUUAAAGACGAAGCCACUGGUACACGUGUACUGCUUUGCGAAGGGGGUAGAUGAUAAGAAAAUCAUUGCACAAAAGUUGGUCGAGCAUUGGUUGGGAACAGAAGUGUUGGAAAACUUAAAAGAGAUCGCCUUUGUACGAAACGUGGCGCCCAAUAAGGACAUGAUGCGUGUUAGUUUUUAUUUGACGGAUGAUACGCUGAGUGGCGCUACGAACUCUGUGAGGAAACGAUUAAACAGUGCAAUGGAAACGGCGACGGACAUUGCAAAACGACAAUGUUUAGAACCGAACAAAGAGAGCGAUGGCGAAGAAGUGCAACAAACUGAAAGAUCGGCCUAAGCAAAUGGCCAAAAAAGCAAAAAACCUGUUCACCGUUACCCAGGCCAAAAAGGGGAAUCUGAAGAAAACAAAAGAGGUUUCGGCCAAGCUGAAAAAUAUACGCGUACAAGAAAAACGGGAGAAAGUGGACGCGAACUUCAAAACACUUCACGCACAGCUAGUAUCGAAAAAGGCUCCAAAACCGUCACCGAAACCUUUGCCCGUGAAAGAUAAAAGUACACCGGACACCAACAAAAUGG